AUGAGGCGCGCCGCACCGCAGCUCAGCAGGGGCAUGCUGCCCGCCUAUGGACGUUCGUCGUCUUCCCUCCUCGCCUCGCGAGCCACGUUGAGCUCAACAGCCUCGAGGGCCGCAUCGAGCUUGAAGCUUAAAAUUCCAUUCCUUGGCGAUACCGAAAUCGCCCUCAAGGAUGACGUCUUCCGCCCUGGUGUGCCGGAAAACCCUGGCAAUCUUUACGCCCCUAUGCCGGCUGAGGAAUUGAUUCACGAGAUUCCGCCCAAGGUCACUCACGGAAGCACCGCGGUUUGUGAUGGAGGUGGUGGCGCUCUUGGGCACCCUCGUAUUUUUAUCAACCUGGACAAGCCCGGCCCCCACGACUGCGGCUACUGCGGUCUCCGGUUCAUCAAGGAAGAGGAGCACCACUAG